GCUGUCGUGCCGCCGACCUCCCGAGCUGCCACGUCCGUAGCAAGCUCAACUUCCAUUCGCUCCGUACGUGUGUCCUGAGUCGGUUGGGCAUCAUGACGUUCGGUCGGUUCGUAAUUAGCGUGUUGGCCCUAAUCAAUGCGGUCAGUACCGCCGAUAUCGAGACCGAUCAGAAUGUAUUCGUUUUAACGAAGGACAAUUUCGAUCAAGCCAUCCAGGAGCACAAAAACAUACUCGUAGAAUUCUAUGCCCCGUGGUGCGGACACUGUAAGGCGUUAGCGCCCGAAUAUGUCAAAGCCGCCACUGAACUUGCUGAAGAAAAAUCCGAACUGAAGCUCGCAAAGGUUGACGCCACCGAGCAGAAAGAACUCGGCGAGCGCUUUGAGAUUGGAGGCUAUCCGACACUGAAGCUUUUCCGCGAGGGAAAGCCAAUUGACUAUAAUGGAGGUCGUACCGCUCCUGAAAUCAUCCGCUGGUUAAAGAAGAAGACUGGUCCUCCAGCCCAUGAUGUUAUCACUGCCGAUGAGAUUAAUGCUCUCAAGGAAGCCAACGAUGUGAUCGUGGUUGGCCUGUUCAAAGACCAAGAGUCGGAGGCUGCAAAAAUUUUCCUUCAGACCGCCAUCGAAUUUGAUGAGCAACCAUUUGUUAUUUCGUCGGCAGAUGCUGUUUUCAAUGCUGUCGAGGGUAAAGACGGUCAGGUUGUUUUGUUGAAAAAGUUCGACGAAGGUCGCAAUGUCCUAGAGAAAGUAGAGACUGCCGAGGCCACAAAGAAGUUCGUCGUAUCGAAUUCGUUACCUCUGGUUAUCGAGUUCUCUCAUGAGUCAGCGUCGAAGAUCUUCGGAGGUGAGAUAAAGAAUCACAACCUUCUAUUCUUGAGCAAGAAGGCAGAGAACUACGAUGAGUCGUUUGCCAAGUUCCGUAAGGCUGCUGAGCAAUUUAAAAGCCAGGUUAUCUUUGUCACCAUUGAUACUGAGAACGCUGACCACAGCCGUAUCCUGGACUUCUUCGGGGUCAAAAAGGCCGACAAGCCGCAGAUGCGCAUGAUCAAGCUUCAGGAUGAGAUGGCGAAAUUCAAGCCCGAUGAUGAAACCAACCUGGACGCGGAUGUCGUUUCAUUAUUCGUAAAAGGUGUCCUUGAUGGUACAGUGAAACAACACCUGCUCUCACAGGACCUCCCUGAGGACUGGAACGACAAGCCUGUUAAGGUUCUCGUAUCAAGCAACUUCGAUGAGAUUGCCAUGGACAAGGGCAAGCACGUUCUUGUUGAGUUCUAUGCCCCAUGGUGCGGUCACUGUAAGCAACUUGCCCCAAUCUACGAUGAGCUUGGCGAGGCCUUUAAGGAACGCGAUGACGUUGUCAUUGCCAAGAUGGAUGCUACCGCUAACGAGCUUGAGCACACUAAGAUCAACUCGUUCCCCACACUCAAGCUAUACAAGAAGGAUACAAACGAAAUUAUCGAGUUCGUUGGUGAGCGCACCUUAGAGGGAAUGAAGAAGUUCAUUGAAUCAGGCGGUGAGUACGGCAAGUCGGCACCUGAAGACGUUCAAGAGGACGAGGAGAACGCCGAGGACGACGAGCACGGACCGCGUGACGAGCUGUAAUCGCCUCCUUCGUGAAAUGGAGUCACCAUAAGUCUUCUCUAAACGAAAGAAACACGUGUGAGAGCGAAAGCGAGAGCGAGAGAAAGUUAGGUACAGAGAAGCAAUACAUUUCAGGAGUCCGUAGGGAAUCAGGCAGGGUUUUAUGUUCUACACCAACAACAAACGACAGAAAACGAUAACGCCUAGCGCGAUUUCAAGCAGGGAGGAUAGCGAAUAAAUAAAGGGUAUUGAUUGCCGCUGGUUACUCUGUGUAAUGGGUGAGAAAUUACAUUGACCUGACGGCACAGACUAGGGUCGUGCCGCAUUAUGUCCCGCCUGGUUAAAAGAAUAGUGUGAUUCCCAAAAAUUCUUAGAGGGGAUAGCGUGCUACUAGAGAAAGACACGUCCCUUCGCUUUGAAGAACGUGCGUUUGUUUUAUUUAUUUUCGAAUUACAGCAAAAGAAGCGACAACUAUUCGGCGGCGCACCUAUGGAAGAUUCAUUAGAUUAGAGGUGGGGGUAAUAGAUGACAAUGUAAAUAAAUUCUAAAAAAAUCGUUAUUUCUGAUA